AUGGACUUGUCACCCGAAUGCCUUGGUGCUUUGAAAUAUCCUGCUUUCUGGGAGAGCGUGAAGAAACCUUCUCUCGUAAAAUAUUUAGAGUUUCGAUUACACGAAGGUGAUAUCAAUAAUUUAGAAACAGAACACCAUAGUUACAUAAUGGAACUAAAUACUAUCGCAAAACACUGUGCUGAAUCACCCGAAAUCGUGCAGAAAGUACUAGAAUGGAAAAAAAAUUUUAUGGAAAGUUUGAUUUUAUUUAUUGUUCUGCGCCUGACUGUGUUGCACUGUUCCGUCACCAACUACCUUGUCAAGCGCUGUUUGGCAGUGGGAAAGAGCGCAGUUCUGUUGAUAGAUAAAAGCUCUGAAGAAGUAAAUCUUUUCUGGAAUUUACACCAAAAUAUUCACACUGAGAUCAAGUUAUACGAGAAAAAGGCACAUCUACAUCGAAGCAAACUAAACGAUCUGAAAGAUCAAAUCAGUAUCAAACAGACGCAACAUAUAUUGGAUGCAACAAAAGAAACACUGUCCCAAAAUCUCACAUUACAAAGAACAGUCAUUAAACAACACUUGUUGGGUAAGACGGAUGUAUCACAUAUUGAGAAUUCGGAACCUGUAACUGGACAAAAACGAUCUUACGAGGAAGAAUUACCUUCAACACCACCAAAUAAGGUCAGCUCUGACUCUGAAAUUGUACCUGUUUCUCUUACGAACAUCUUUCUUGAAACUUCUGCCGAGCUUGAGAGGAAUCCAGACCAGACAGCCGAAUUGGAUACAUCUUUAAUAUCAACAAAGGAAGCGGAGGUUGAGAGUCGGAAAACUAGAAGACCAUACAUAACUCGCGAUAUAGCGGAGGAAGUCCUCAAGAAAUAUCAAAUGUGUAUUUUGGCGGGCAAGAAGUUGAUAUACAAUGGUGUAGACGUGUUAGAUUUUAUUCGCCCAAACAUGAAUAAGGAUAAGACCACAAAAAGCCCUCUAUGUAUUGGUGUUAUUAACAUCCAUAAUCCCGACUGCACCAAGUUUUUACCUGAUGACUUUAAAAGCUUUAUUGCCAACCAGCUUCAAGACUCCAAGAUCAAGGCUGUCUGUUUUGCUACCAAACAAUGCAUCGAUAAGUUUGUGGUGGAUUGUGAGGAAGAAGUAUUGCAAUUCUUGGAGAAGUUCCAUGACAUGGGGAUUUGGAGUCUCUGGCAAGAUGUCUAA